AUGCUGAAACAGAUAUUAUCGGACAUGUACAUCGAUCCUGACCUGCUGGCAGAACUCAGCGAGGAGCAGAAGCAGAUCCUGUUCUUCAAGAUGAGGCAGGAACAGAUCAGACGGUGGGAGGAAAGAGAAGCUGCCGCGGACAAGGCUUCAGCAAAGAAGCCACUGCCGAGAAAAGCCAACGGGAAGUCGGUGACAUGGAAGCUUGGUGCUGACAACGAUGUCUGGGUCUGGGUGAUGGGCGAGCAUCCUUCAGAUAAAUCAUACGCGGCCAUCUGUGAAGAGAUCCAGGCACAACGGGCAAAGCAGAUAGCGAGAGAGCAAGGCAAGGAGGGCAGAAAGACUGACCCUUCUGUACGUCCACAACCAGGAGCCCCAGGUGAGACCGAUCUUCAUGGGAAUAAAAAAAGCGCUGCGGAGGAAAAGAAGGAAGGUGGGAGAAAAACUGCUGGUGCUACAACAACGAAAAGCCAGGAACUCACAGAGAGGGAAAACAGAGAUGUUCACCAGAUGCUGGCAGACUGCCAUGUGAGGAAGCAUGGCUUCCAACAGGUGAAGGAAGCACAGAGGAGAAAGUCAGGAGAAGAUACCACAGCCCCCCAGGAGGCCAUACCACAGAGCCACCCCAGUUUGGAGACCCAGAGGACACUGCAGAAAUUGGAUGAGAAUGAGCCUGAAUGGCAGGAAUCCUUGCGGAAAUCCAAGGCAGCAGAUGAGAAGAGACGCUCCCUUGCACGGCAAGCACGGGACGACUACAGGAGGCUUUCACUGCAAGGCAUCCACAGAGGGAAGCAGGCAGAUAUUUCCAAGGGUGCCACAGGAGGAGAUCGGCGACCACUCCAGUAUCCGCCUCUCGCUCCAAAGCCUACACACCUACCUCCUGUGAUGGCAGACAGGAGAGCGAUUAGGAAAGAGGGAAUCCAGAGGACAAUCUCCAAUUCCACUGAAGAAAGCAUCAUCAGGUGGUUCAAAGAGGAGCAAUUCCCUCUCCGAGCUGGCUAUCAGAAAAGCACGGACACAAUAGCGCCUUGGUUCCACGGUAUCCUAACCUCAAAGAAAGCAGAGGAGCUUCUGAAUAAAACAGUACCAGGGAGUUUUCUGGUCCGGGUCAGUGAGAAAAUCAAAGGCUACGUGCUCUCCUAUCGGUCUGUGGAAGGAUGUAAACACUUCCUCAUUGACGCCUCCAGUGAUUCCUACAGCUUCCUUGGAGUGGACCAGCUACAACAUUCAACACUGGCUGACCUUGUAGACUACCACAAGGAUGAACCCAUCACUUCCUUGGGGAAGGAGCUGUUGCUUUACCCAUGUGGCCAAGAGGACCAAGAACCAGAUUACAUUGUUCUCUUUGAGUGA